AGUUUUAAUAACGUGACAGAAAUGGCCUUGACAUACUUUCUUGAUGGCUAUAACAGCAUAUUCUGCAGCCCAAGUUCUUCCAUCAAAACUUGAAAGCUCGCAAGUUUUUUUCCCCCUCUUUUUUAAAGGAAGGCCAAACUAACCAUCCAUCCCACAGACUUUGAAAUCCUUUUCUUCUUACAACUUCACCGACCAAAUUCAAUGAUGGGGGUUGAUGAUGAGUAUAUUCAAGCAUCAGAAGAAAGCUUCAGCUGCUCUGAACCACCUCAAACUCCGAGGAAGAAAAACAAAGUGGCAAAUAAGAGGAGGUUUAGUGAUGAACAAAUCAGGUCAUUGGAGUGCAUAUUUGAGUCAGAGUCCAAGUUAGAGCCAAGGAAGAAGAUCCAAGUAGCAAGAGAUCUUGGGCUACAACCUCGCCAAGUUGCCAUAUGGUUCCAGAACAGAAGAGCAAGAGGAAAAUCGAAAUGGAUAGAGCAAGAAUACAGGAAGCUCAGAGAGGAGUACGACAAUUUAGUGUCCAGGUUUGAGACCCUUGAGAAAGAGAAGGAGUCCUUACAAGUAGAGCUGCAGAAUCUGCACGAUCUAAUGGAGACAUCUCACGAUGAUGAAGGGAAAAAGAGCACAAAUUGGAGGAGUGAAGUGAAGCCAAGUUCCUCUUAUAAGGGUUUGGAGGUUAGAGAAGGCAUGCAUUUACAAGAUCAAAGUGAUAUGAGCAAGAAGAAUGGGUAUUCUGAAGAAACAGAAAACCAACUUCUGAGAAUGGACGAGCUAGAAAAAUGGUGCAGUGGGGAGCCAAGCGGUCUCUUAGAUCAGCCUUGUAGUUCACAAUGGUUGGAUUUCUGGACUUGAAAAGUGCGUGAGCUCACACUGCACUGCAUUUUGCAUGUUUCCUUGAACAAGGAACAGGGCUGAUUUAUCUCAUCCUAGCCUACCACGUUAAAGCAUUCCAGCCCAAGCAGGAUGUAGAAAAGCUCAUGUUGGAUUGGAGUAGAAGAUCAAAGAUGUGAACUUACAGGUUCUGGAGAUUUUGCAGUGCAGAAUGAAGAUGGUUUCACUCAUAUGAUUAGAGAUUUAUAAGAAAAAAUGUGCUAUGUCCCUGUUCGUUCAGGCUUGCAAGCCAUUCUAAUCCAUGCAGUGUGGUCCUUUUUUUUUUUUUUUUUUUUCCCUUUUGUUUUUUUCCACUUUUGAUUUUGAAGGCGACCAAUCCUAAAACAUCUAAUCUUACCCCAAACCUGUCUUAUUACAAGAGCUAUGCAAGUGAGGUGUGUAAUCUUUCAGGUCAUGACUAGCACACAUGAAGUAUGGGAAAUAUGUUUGGUAUUGCUCGAGUUAUGAUCAUUUCAUUGCUUUGUCUUGCUUCUCUUUGA